UCCUCAUCUCUUUAACUCUACAUCUCUUCAACUCUACAUCUCUCAUUGUUGCUUUCAAGCUUCAAUCCCUCAUUGGUGGUUCCUCAUUGUUGCUGGAAAGCUCCAGUCUCUCAUCGUUGCUCCGAAGCUCCAGGGAGAAGCUUGAUCACCGCCUAGCAAAGAACAGGGCCUACAGCUAGAAGUCCACAACUACAUCUACACCACCACAGACCGACACCUACAACCAACGUAUCCUUCCCACCGCACUAAUACAUUCGUGUCUCUCGACCUUCGUCGACCAUACAUCGAGCAUCUCCCCACCGCCGAUCAUACGUUAAACACCUCAUCACUACCAACUAUUCAUCAAGCAGCCCCUCACCAAUACAUUCGAGUCUCUUCUCCUCCACGAUCAUGAAGUACUCAUGCCUUCUCGUCGCCGCCUUGGCCUCACUCAUCCCCACCGUCGUCGCCCACAAGCCUAGGAUGAUGGAUCCCUGGGCCUGGAAGCCCACUGGACCAAGAUGCAAGUACAACGAGAAAGGCGUGUACGGCUGCUUUGGACAGCCGAUUGGCCAAGAGGAAAAGUAUCCCGAGGAUGCGGGGUGGCGCGACACGGUGCCGGAAGGCGGGCGAUGGCCAGGCACGCCAGGGGGCCAUGCAUGAGUUACUGUCGCAAUCGCCAUUUUGACUUGGAUGGACAACUUGAUCGUCGGUGUCACCAAGGGAUACAAGUACAAGAUGCGUUAUGGAUAUGCAGCCAGUAGUAGCGCAUAUGGGACAUGAGAUUCGCGGAUGGACACGCCAACCACCGCUGAUCAUGGGAUCAUAGAGUCUUCAUCG